AUGCCUCCAAAACGCACUGCAAAAUCGGCUGAGCCAACGGCCGCCACCGCGAGACCGACCAGAACUAGCGGUCGAGCAGCAGCAGCUGACAAAGAGACUACCACAACUACCAUCACAAAGAAGAGCGUCGCGACUACAAAGAAAGCUACUACUCAAUCCAAGAAACCCCUCCAAGAAGCAAAAGCCAACACCAGCGCAAAGCGCAAGGCUGAAGCUGACAUCGAAGAAAAACCGCAUGGCAAGCGUCAGAAGAAGCAAGUCGAGACAGCUGCUGUCAAGAAGCCCACUGCUCCCAAGGCCAAAGCUGCUCCUAAAGCUAAAGCUGCCCCCAAAGCUGCGCCCGCGCCCAAACCUCCCAAGGAGAGAGUUGUCAUCAACACUGCGCCAACCACGCGUCUCGACGUGUUCGCCUUUGGCUCUAACAGCAAUGCCGAACUCGGUAUGGGUGAUACCUUCAAGAAGGCAGAUUGUCCACGACCGAAAUUCAACAGUGUCCUUUCUGAGGCUGGCGUCGUGCAGAUUUCGACUGGUGGAAUGCACGGUAUCGCGCUUACGCAUGACAACAAGGUUUUGACUUGGGGUGUGAAUGACCAGGGCGCAUUGGGUCGCGACACAGACUGGGAAGGUGGAUUGGUGGAUAUGGACAAGGCUGAAGAAUCUGACUCCGAUGAAGAUGAGGAGAUUGAGGUUAAUCCCAAGGAAGCUACUCCAUCAGUGAUUGAUUUGUCUGGUGUUGAGGAGGGAACUGUUUUCACUCAGGUUGUCGCUGCUGACAGUGCUUCUUUUGCUCUCACUGAUGAUGGAUAUGUUUAUGGUUGGGGCACAUUCCGCAACAGCAACGGUGUCUGGGCUUUCUCUCCCGAGGUUGUGGUCCAGCGUACUCCCACCCGCAUCCCUGGUCUGAAGAAUGUCGCCAAGCUCGCUGCCGGUAGCAACCACGUCCUCGCUCUCUUGACCGACGGUACCGUGCACUCCUGGGGAUCCGGUGAACAAGACCAACUGGCUCGUCGCCUCAUGGAACGUCGUGCAAAGGAACAGGGUCUUGUCCCUCAGAAGGUUGGUUCGAAGCGCGGCUUCAUCGACAUUGCUUCCGGCGCCUACCACUCCUUCGCCUUGCACAAGGACGGAUCUGUUUACGGUUGGGGAUUGAACAACUACGCCCAGACUGGUAUUGCCAGCAAGGCCGGCGAGAGCGGAGCUGGUGUUCUCAAGCCCACUGUUGUCCCUAGCUUGAAGGGUCAGAACAAGAUCACUCAAAUCGCUGCCGGAAACUUCAACACCCUCGCCCUCACCGAUAAGAAUGAAUGUCUCGUUUGGGGUCGUAUCGACAACCACGCCAUUGGCAUUGAUCCCUCCACUCUUCCCAAAGAGGACGUCAUCUUCGACGACCGCGACCGUCCUCGUAUCUUGACCAAUGCAACCCGCAUCCCCGACUUGGAAGUCUCCUACGCUACCUACGGUACUGAGCAUGCUAUUGCAAUCACCACAGACGGCAAAGCGUAUUCAUGGGGCUUCAACUCUUCCAACCAAACCGGUCAACCCGGUGAUGACGAUAUCAAGGCUGCGACUUUGAUUAACUCCAAGGCUGUGCAGGAUAAGAAGUUUGUCUGGGCUGGUGCUGGUGGACAGUAUGGUAUGAUUGCGACUAUUAGGGAGGAAGAUAAGAUGACCGAUGCUUGA